GCGCACUCUCCGCGCAGCCACGCCGAGGCGCUCCGAGGGCUUCCCGCCAGGACCAUGCGCGGCCGCGAGUUCCCUCUCGUCCUGCUGGCGCUGGUCGUCUGCCAGGCGCCCCGGGGGCCGGCCGCCCCGGUGUCGGCAGGCGGAGGGACCCUGCUGGCCAAGAUGUACCCGCGCGGCAACCACUGGGCGGUGGGACACUUAAUGGGAAAAAAGAGCACAGGAGAGUCUCCAUACGUUUAUGAGGGAGGGAGCAUGAAGGAACAGCUGAGGGAGUACCUUCACCGGGGAGAAGCUACAAGGAAUUUGCUAACCCUCCUAGAAGCAAAGGGGACCAGAGGCUAUCAGCCGACUCAGUGGGAGCCCCUGCGCAUCCGCCAGUCUACUUGGGGUUCAGAGGACAGCAGCAACUUUAAAGACGUCAGUUCAAGACUCAAAGUUGGUGGACUCUCUGCUCCAGGUUCUCAACGUGAUGGAAGGAACCCCCAGCUGAACUGACAAUGACGAUGGCGACCUCUCUCAAAGAAGCCAAACAAAAUCCUUAAGAGACUGCGUUCUAUGGGCAUCCAUUCUCCUGGAUCAGCAAUGAGUUUCCUUUGUGCAAAAUACUUAACUAUUCUUGUAUCUUUCAACUUUGACUAAAGUCAUGAUUUUCAAGCAGCAUAUCUUCUGGUUUGAACUUGUUUGCUAUGAAUAAUUGUCCAUUCAAGAGUCUUCCAAUGAAUGCUCUUUACGUGUAGGCUAUUUGUCAGUUAGAUUCUAGGCCCCAGCCUGUUCCCAUUCACAAUAAAAGCUUAAACACCUUGCCCAAAGGGCAGAUAGUUCUCUUAUUUCGAUUCCAAAUGAGAGGAAAGUGAUUAACACAG